AUGUCUAUCAGACAUACAGUCAGUAAUGUUCUCAACCGGGGCAGAACGCCGAUUUCUGAGCUUCAGCCGAAUCGGGAAGAAAUCGUCCAUCGAAUGUACACAACCCUACAGAAAUCAUGCAGCAAGUCAGAUGAGCCGCCAAAAGAAAAGCAUAUACGAAAUGCGAUCGUACAAACUCACGAAGCUCGUUCCAGCGCUCUCUUUUGGCAACUAGCGGCGAAGCUUCCACUCGCUGUCAAUGCCCACUCGUGCUGGAAAUUUUCCUAUCUUUUGCACAAGCUCCUACGCGAGGGCCACCACUCAAUCUUCAGACAAUCACAGGCGUAUUUGGCGAAGCUCGAAGAGUUGUCAAGAUAUUGGAGUCAUAUUCAAGGAUACGGGCCGUUGAUUCUAUCUUAUAUGAAGCUUUUGAUACUGAAGAUUGAAUUUCACAACAAAUAUGAAUUCCUCCCAGGCUCCCUGAACCCUCCAUCAAAUAUAAAAGAAAAAGUUGGUGUCGAGCCUGAUGCUCAAUUUUGCUUUGUUCUUGAUGCCCUGGACUACCUUGAGAAGCUUAUGGAAACUCAAAAGGCCAUCUUUCGAACGAUGGAUAGAAGCAAGAACUCCACCUCGAGCGCGUCUGGCCACAACCGACUUUGCGCGUGUAUUCCGAUAAUCGCCGAUUCUGAACAGCUGUACUCGUUUUGCGUGAAAUUUUUAUCACUUCUUCAUAGCCAAUUACCUUCUGAGCCACUUUCCGGAUUCCGCACUCGCUUUCUUCAGAUUUACAACGAUCUCAAAGCUUUUUACGAACAAUGUGUCACUAUUUUGUACAUUCGCCAGCUUAUACAAGUACCUAUGCUCCCCUCAUCAGCCCCAGAUUUCCAUUCCAAUAUUCCCGAAGUAAACGAUGCCCAUCAAACCCUCCGCAGAGCGAAUCAGAUCGAGGAACGACCUCCCAGUCCAGAACCUUCAACGACAGAAUCGCUCAUCGACAUUGACGAAAAUCAUGGUUUUUCGCAGAUUCAAGAUGAUCAAUUUCAAAUCUACGCGCAGCUAGAAAAGGCACAAGAGGAAGUCUCAAGACUGCAGACAGACCUAACCAACACGAAAAAGGAACAAACUAUCGAAGUCACAAAACUACUUGAAUACAUUUCUCAACUAGAGCGCGAAAAACUUGAAGCUGAAACAUCGAAGCUAUCGUUGGAAACAAAUCAAGCCACGGUCAACUCCCUCAAGACAGAAAACCAAGAGCUCACAAAGAAAAAGUAG